AUGAAGGCACAUCGUCGAUACAUCGUGCAGCCCUACUGUCAGACCGCUGGAGCCAUUUUACUGAGUAAGGAGCAGGGGUUGGACAUGUCUGCAGAGCAGGACCCGGUCAGAGAGCAGGGCUGGUACCUCAGCAGGAAGCAGCGACAGCGUCUGUUUGAAGAGCACGGGGUCCAGGGUUGGACCAUCGUUCAGUUCCUAGGGGACUCGGUCCUCAUACCUGCUGGGGCCAUGCACCAGGUUCAGAACCUCCACAGCUGUGUUCAGGUCAUCAAUGACUUUGUUUCUCCUGAGCACGUAGUCAACUCCUUCUACCUGAGCCAGGAGCUGAGAGCCACUAAGGAGGACGUCAACUAUGAAGAUAAGCUACAGGUGAAAAACAUUUUGUACCACUGUGUGAAGGAGGUGGUGACCUCCCUGAAGCGGGCCAGUGCUGAAGGAGCCGGGGAAGACGAGAACUCAUGACACCCCAUCUUCCUCAACCCUCUCCUCCUCAGAGGUCCACAGGGGUCAUUGCUGGGAUCCUUGUAGCUGGUUGCAAAAAAAACAAGUUGUUUCUGAAAAAGGGGAUGAAACCACCAUCGGCAUGUCACCUUCACUGCCUGCUCCUGGUCAGCCGGCUCAGCAGGUGCUGUGAGUUGGCACUUGGUCAUGUAAUGUAAAACUGUAGCUGUUCUGGAACUAUGUCAUGUCAUUUGGGACUUUGUCGUGGAACCUUCAACACCGACCUCAUGACCUGAGGUGAGGUCAUAUGAGGAGAAAGGCAUUUGAGGCAUUCUUUUCCAGAAAUGAAGUGAUGUGGUCAAGAAGGCCUAGUCACAAUGGCUUCGUCACAUGACCCAACAGCAAACACAUCAUGUGACCUGAGAAUAUGCAUGGAUGGACAAAUACAGUAACUGUGAUGGUGGUUCACAUCAUCCCAAACCUUCAGUGCCAAGCAGACUUGGAGCAGAAGGCCUGUGGGCCUGUGGGACAGACAGCCUUGUGCUUUCUACGAUAAUUUUAUGGUUUCUCUGUUUUAAUGGGCUCAGAAAAUCAGUCGGUCGAGAGGAAAUCCGGUAAAGAGAUGAGGGCUUAAGACUGAAGUGGCUAGCCUUAUUAGAAACCACUAUAUUUUGUGUUUCAUGGCAUGUGCCAUUAUGUCCUCAAUGUCCUCUUCUCAGCGGGGUGGAGAGAAGCCCAACAAGCAUUAAAAGCAACUUGGCACUAUUACUCUAAUGAAGACCAAUAGUAUUUCAGUUUGUACCACACAGGCUGGUGGUAGCGGGAUGUUCCUCAUAGGGCAGGCGUAGGUGGAAAUGAGCCUCGCAGGAUGCUGGAGUACUGAGGGAGAUGCAAGUAGGUGGCCCCAGGUCUAUCAGUCCAUGUGUCCUUGAGCAAGGCAUGAAAUCUCUUUCUGCUCUCUUGUUGUAAGCUGUUCUGGGUAAGUUGUCAGCUAGUGUUUUUAAUGUGCUACGCUUAUUUCAAGUCUGUGCUCGUGGUCCACAGAUAAGUCUCAGACUUGGCUGAUCACCGCAGCAUCACCAGCAGCAGCAGCAGCAGCAGCAGCAGCAGGAGAACAACUGUGAUUUUUACAAUGAUUAAACCCUGAAAAACGUUUAAAACUAUCAAACGCUGAAUCAGUUCCUCUGGACACCUUUAUCGACCGAUACGUUUCAUCAUCUAGUACCUGUCAGACAUCUGUAAAACAUCUGUCAGACAUCUGCCUAUGGUAAACGCUGUGUCCAGAUGGACUGACUCAACCUUCUGUGGUUUUCUAAGCUGGGUUGCUGCGCAUGCGUCAAGACGUUUAACACACAAAGCAGAACAUGUCAGAACUCUUCAUGAAAGCUCUUUCAGUCCGCAAGCAAACAGCGUCCCUGUUCUCAUUUGUUCGUGUGUCUGAGUAGUUGGUCUGUUGUCGUUUCCCUCCUGUUGUGUUUGUUCUUGGCUCUUUUCAUACGGAGUAUUUUUUUCCUCUGAUGUAUUUAUUUCAUAGUUUUGAUAUUUCAAUGUUAUUGAGCUAAAAACAUUGAUGUAAAUGUGACUUGUACAGUUGUGUUUUUUGCCACAUGGUUUUCAGUUGUGAUACGGCUCUACUGUGAUGGAGGACACACACCAGCUCAUGCCUGUAACUUUGGGAAGUGUUGCUGAGCUCUACUGUCCUCAUGCCAUAAAAUACUUUUUAUGAAAAUGAACUGCCAAACUAUUGUAAAGACGGUGUAAAGUUGUAUUAUGUAAAGACAAGAAGACCUACAAGGCUUAUACACUUCAGCAUUUUAUUAAAACGGUAUUCACUGUAAAGUUAAGGCAUUUAUACAACAUAAUGUAAUUUAUUUAAGAAACCUGUCUUGUUUCUCUUUGGUUAAAAAGUUACCAUAGUGAACUUUUGAAGUAAAUGAUACAAAAAUGAAAAACUAUGUUGUGUACAUAUAUACAUAUAUACAUUCACUGAGGUAUUUUUUUAAAACAUGGCUUGCUUCAAUUUCAGAUUUUAAGGUGCAAGUGUUACAUGCUUUGUACAUUGAAGUUCUAAAGGGUUUUACAUUUUCCAUUAAAAUGGAUUU